AAAGAAACUCUCCUACAAAUCAUUAUCCUCUAUCUCUGGCUACACCCUUCUGUACACUAUCCAGUCACCCGAGCUUGGAUGUGCUAAGGCAGUGGAAGACAAUGGCGGUUUCCCUAUCAGCUCUCACAACCUCCCUCUCUUCGCUCUCUUUCUCUUCCAACGUUUCUCAGAGACCUAACACCCUCUCCUUCGCCAGAACCCAAUCCUUCUCCCUCUCCCGCUUCGCCAAAGCCCCCUCCCUCCUCGUCUCCGCCACCGCGCUCGCCGAACCGGAAACCGCCGACCUCAGGAAAUACGUCAAGUCGCGGCUCCCCGGCGGGUUCGCCGCUCAAACGAUCAUCGGCACCGGUCGCCGUAAGAGCGCCAUCGCUCGCGUUGUUCUUCAGGAAGGAACCGGCAAAUUCAUCAUCAAUUACCGCGACGCUAAGGAAUAUCUUCAAGGAAAUCCAUUGUGGCUUCAAUACAUUAAGGUCCCCUUAGUAACUUUGGGAUAUGAAAGUAAUUAUGAUGUUUUUGUCAAAGCUGAGGGUGGUGGCCUGUCUGGUCAGGCUCAGGCAAUCUCUCUUGGCAUUGCUCGUGCCUUGCUGAAGGUGAGCGAAGAUCAUAGAUCACCUUUAAGACAGGAAGGACUUCUUACCAGAGAUUCCAGAGUGGUUGAAAGGAAGAAAGUUGGUCUGAAGAAAGCACGUAAAGCCCCUCAAUAUUCCAAACGUUGAGGUUGGAAUUUUACAUGUAGGGUGGUGUUUCUGGAAUUGGUUACAUUUGGAACUAUUGAUUGUUCUAAUUUGUAGUUAACUCGUUAGGAAAAGUAAAGAGAAAUUGAAAAUAUCCUAAGGCAUAUGUAUUCAGAAUCCUACCCUCUGUUUUCCUAUCUCUUGUUUCUUUGAUCUUUAUGGAAUUGGGAAUUGUAUUUGUAGGUAUGAUAAGAUUUCUCUCUCCCAACCAAAGUCACAUGUCUUACUAUAUUGCAGGUUUCUUUCAAGACUUGAAUUUUGUGGUCUUUA